AUGAAGUCGAGGAAGAAGCGAAGAAUAUUUAUAAAUAAUUUAAUAAGAGAAACCCUAGCGUCUAGACCUCCAAUAUCGUCUGAUCUAGUUAGUAUCAAAGCGGAAUUUCCUGAUUUUCGUAGAGCAGGUAGAUGUGUCAGAUAUGCUCUAUUAACUCGCAGGUCACUAAUGAGGCGACUCUACUUAACAGACAGACACCUAAGAGUGAUGCUGUGGUGUAUCUUGCUUGGUUUGCAGCCUGCGUUUGGAGGAAUUCUUGACCCAUUUAACUGGGCAAGGUCAGACCGCAUCGAAGUUAAUAUACCGUGGCUUCCAUUCGAAAAUGAGACCCGGUGCUACGAUGAACUUGGAUGUUUGAAUAUAACGAGGAAUUGGUACCACCUUAUACAUCGGCCCUUCAAUGUUUUUCCUCUACCAAGGGUGGUUAUUAAUACGAGGUUCAUCCUAUACACAACGAAGAAUCCCACUGAUGGACAAAUCUUGAAUGUAAACCUUAAUAAGACGAUAGUAAAGUCCAAUUUCACUCCUCGGCGGCCGACCAAAAUGAUAAUUCACGGAUUCAUAGACACUCCUCUUUCGAACUGGGUCAGCGAAAUGAAAGACGAAUUGGUAAAGGCUGGAGAUUUUAACGUCGUGAUCGUAGACUGGGCUGGAGGUAGUUUACCACUUUAUACGCAAGCUACAGCCAACACGCGGCUCGUUGGAUUAGAAGUGGCCCAUUUUGUCAACACUUUACAGAAAGAACACGGUCUUAACCCUCUGGACGUUCAUAUAAUUGGGCAUUCUCUAGGAGCCCAUACCGCUGGUUAUGCCGGAGAAAGAAUACAGGAUCUAGGAAGAAUUACAGGGCUUGACCCAGCCGAACCUUAUUUUCAAGGGAUGCCCACGAAUGUUCGCCUGGACCCAACAGACGCGAAACUGGUCGACGUCAUACAUACGGAUGGAAAGAGCAUUUUCCUUUUAGGAUACGGGAUGUCCCAGCCCGUUGGGCAUUUGGAUUUCUAUCCCAACAAUGGGAAGGAACAGCCCGGUUGUGACUUGACUGAGGGACCUCUGAUACCUCUCACGCUAGUCAAGCAAGGUCUAGAGGAAGCUUCUCGAGUUCUGGUCGCCUGCAACCACGUGCGUGCCAUAAAACUCUUUACAGAAUCCAUAAAUGGGAGAUGUCCCUAUAUAGGUCAUCAAUGUCCAUCGUAUCAACAUUUUCUUGACGGUAAAUGCUUCCAUUGCGGGCACGGGUGUGCUAUAAUGGGAUUCCACGCGGAUAGUUCUCCUGGACUUAUCACAAAUAAGGACAACCAGACUGAAAAUGAGGUGUAUCCAUCUGAGGAACAAGAGACAAUCGGCGCAAGAUAUUUCCUUAACACGGGCAAGGAACAACCGUAUUGCCAGAGACACUACAAAAUCGCAAUUCAUCUAGCCAAUCCGAAGGGCGCAGAAUCUUGGGUGCAGGGAUUUCUUAAAGUUACGUUGAUGUCUGAAAAAGGUGUUAUUCGAGGAAUGGAUUUGACUCCUGCAAAUUACGUAAAAUUAGAACACGGAAGCUCAUACACAGUGGUCGUUACACAUCCAAUGGAUUUAGGAGGGAAAAUUAGAAAAGUGGAACUGUCGUGGGAGUACGACAUGAAUGUACUGGAACCACGAUCACUUUGCAUUUUAUGGUGUAACGAUCGACUCUACGUGAAAUCCGUUAUAGUUGACCAGAUGGAACUUCCAAGUAGAGGGAAACGUAACGUGGACUUCAGCAGCAAACUUUGCACGCCAAAACGAGAUUUCGCCGAAAUUCCGAACAGAGGCUCCGCCAGUUUUUACGACAACUGCGGCAGAUAG